GACAGGAGCUGAAAAACACACAGGUCGCUCACAGGUCCGUUUUGUGACGUCUCACUGGCGUAUUUCAGACAAAGUUAAAAGCUUCAAUUUAACCGAAAAACGAUUCAGGUGGUGGCGAAAGGAAUAAGUCGGAGGGACGUGCUGUGAUUUGAGGGAAGAGCGGGAAAAGGUGUCCCAAGGUGUUGAUGGCGACAUGGAUGAUUACUUCAGGGCGUGUGUGGAAAAAUGAAGAUCAGCUCAUAAACCAGUUAGUUCGCUUGAGGCAGGUUGGCGCCUUGUAGGCUGGGUGAUGCUGAUGGACCAGAACACUCAGUGGCUGUACCAACUCCUGGCUGAGGUCCAGCUGGAGAAGUUCUACCUGCUUGUCAGAGAUAACCUCAACAUCACCCGGAUCGAGCACUUUGCCUACGUUAAGGAGUCUGAUCUGGAGCAGGUCGGGAUCAGCAAACCCGCACAAAGAAGAUUAUGGGAUGUUCUAAAACGCCACCGAACAAAUGUACGGCCACGGAUGGCAAAGGCUAACAGUCGAGGUCAAGAUGGGUGUGAGCAAGGCCUGGAGGCGACCAGUCGGACUCUUCCUUGCCUUAUCCCGGACACCGAACUGGUACUCGGGGAGAAGCUGGGCUCCGGCUCCUUCGGAGUGGUGAAGAAGGGCGAGUGGCACACGCCCUCCGGAAAAGUGCUGCUUGUGGCAGUAAAGACGCUAAGGGCCAGCCUGUCUGCGCAGAUGGACUUCAUGAAAGAUUUCUUCCAAGAAGUGACGACCAUGCAGUCGUUAGACCACCUCAACAUCAUCCGGCUCUAUGGUGUGGUGCUCACACAACCCCUAAAAAUGGUAACAGAGUUGGCUCCUUUGGGUUCGCUGUACGAUAUGCUACGUGCACGCCAGUAUGAGUACCCUCUGGUCCGCCUCUGGCUCUUUGCUACCCAGAUUGCAGCAGGUAUGGACUACCUGGAGAGCCGGAGGUUCAUCCAUAGAGACUUGGCUGCACGAAACGUGCUGCUGGCAUCCAGAGAACUGGUCAAGAUCGGAGACUUUGGCCUGAUGCGCGGCCUGAGCCAAGAAGUAGACCAUUAUGUGAUGUCGGCGCACAAGCGGAUUCCGUUUGCAUGGUGUGCUCCCGAGAGUCUCCGUGUUGGCUCCUUUUCCCAUUCUUCGGAUGUGUGGAUGUUUGCCGUCACCCUCUGGGAGAUGUUCACCUACUGUGAAGAGCCGUGGUUUGGUCUUUCAGGCAGACAGAUACUGUGGCGAGUGGAACGGGAGGGUGAACGACUGGAGAAACCACCGGAUUGUCCCCAAGAGCUGUAUGGCGUCAUGAGAAAGUGCUGGGCCUGCAACCCUGCAGAUCGACCCACUUUUGCCCAGCUUAUCACGCUUUUAGCAGAGGCCAAACCUCUGGAGGUACAAGCAGCAAGGGAUUUUGCAGAACACAGAAAACUUGCACUUACAGCCACCGACGUUGUGACCGUCAUAGACCACGGGUUGGAGAUGACUGAGUGGAGGGGUCAGAACCAGAGGACUUUGUCAGUGGGCUGGUUUCCUGCCUGCCUGAUAGUGCCGUUACUUCCUUCGGUCUCUGCAGUUGUGAUUUCCAGCAACGCCGGACCAAACCCUGCCUCUCAACCCACCUACAUCUCACCACCCCAAAAGGGUAUCUUCCAUCACGCGGGACACGGAGACGUCAACCCUGAUCGUAGCUGGGGAAAACCUGAGACCUUGGAUGAUAUGGACUGGAAUACUGGAAAGCAGGGCUCCAAUCUGCAGAAAAUGGCAGGUAUGUCUCGGAGCCUGGAGUCAGUCUUGGGUGCCCCUCGUGCCAGGGCCCUUUCAGUUGACGUGGUCAGAGUGGAUCAGCACGGCAGACUUCUCCCCCCCGCAAUGGUGGCUCAUAGCGCGGUGAUGCAACAGGACCCCCGUCGGUUGAGUGAGGCCAGUAUCAUCCCUCCUGCGCGCCCGCCGCCCCCAAAUAUGAAACGCCUGAAAACCCAGAGAAGGCCCGGCGUUCCCCUAAACCCUGGCUCCCUGUGGUCGCCACAGAUGGUCCACUACCACCUGCCACAGCCUCAGCUGCCAUUCCAGCCUCAGCCGGGGGGUAGCAACCUGGCCAAGCUGUCCCACCUGGCUCGAUCUACCCCCCAGCUAGCAGACCAUACAGAUGGCAGAGAGGCGAAUCGAGAAAGGGAGCGAAUGAGAGAUCGACAGAGGGAUAAAUCGCCUCAUGUGCAGAACACGAAGGAGGCUCUGAUCGCGCAGGUUAUGGAGGCGGUACACGGCGUGACCACGGAGGAAGUUCACAACGCACUUCACCGGAAUGACUGGAAUCCAGUAAAAGCUGAGCAGCUACUCAAGAUGGAGCAGCUGUAUUCGCUGAGCGUUUGCUCUCGAGAGGAUUGCGCAAAGAUCCUCUCCAGGUACCAGUGGAACCUGCAGCUGGCCAGCCGCUACCUGAUCCGCUAUUCGCGGGAUGAUCGACCCGGCCCAGGUGAAAGAGAGCGACCUCAGAUCGGCGCAGAAAGACGAGUUUGACAUCAACUCAAAUGAUCUUUUGUAGCGAUCUCCUGCUGGGUACAACCUCCAAACAGAAAUGGAUGUACGACGUCACUACGGAGGAUGAAGAUGAAAGGGGGAAUAAAAACGACAAUCACAACACACACACCUUGCAUUUUUAAGUGGUUACCAGCGCAUUUAGUUUUUUGCAAAUAGUUUUGUAUCUUCAUGCAUUUGUACAUAGUUUUUAUGUUGAUUGUUUGGUCAAAUAAAUGGGGAUCCAACUACA